AUGCUGGGAACCCCUGUUCUAAAGACUCCCAAGGAUCCUCCACAGUAUGUGGGGGCGCGGCGGGGCCUCGGGAGGCCGGCUCUCGGGGCGGCCACGUGCGGCUGCGCUGCGCAUAAGAGGGCGCCGCAGGGGCGCUCCGGGCACGCUGGUGGUCUGCCCCUCGGAGCGCCUGGUCGCCUCGCCCGCGGUUCUUCGGUGUCGAGCCGGGCGUUCGCCUCGCCGCAUCCCCUCCGCCUCUGCCUUCGUGCUCUUCCUCCUCUUCCAGUUAGGGAACUAGCCAUGCUGCACUGGGGAUACGAAGAGGAUAACGGGCCUUCUCACUGGAAGGAAAUUUUCCCCAUUGCAACUGGAGACCGUCAAUCUCCCAUUGAUAUCCACACUCAGGAUACCAAAUAUGAUCCCAGUCUGCGUCCUCUCAGUCCUAAUUAUGAUCCAACUUCUGCUAAAGUCAUUCUCAACAACGGACACUCCACUAGUGUGGAAUUUGAUGACACUGAAAACAAAUCAGUGUUGAGUGGGGGCCCACUCAGUGGAAACUAUAGGCUGCGGCAAGUUCAUUUCCAUUGGGGACCCAAUGAUGACACUGGCUCUGAGCAUGCAGUGGAUGGAACAAAAUUUGCAGCAGAGCUUCAUGUGGUCCAUUGGAAUGCAGAAAAAUACACCUCUUUUGUUGAGGCUGCGAGCCAGCCAGAUGGAUUAGCAGUCAUGGCUGUUUUCUUAAAGGUGGGUGAAUGCAACUCACAGCUGAAGAAAAUCACAGACAAUUUGGAUGCCAUUAAAAUUAAGGGUAAGCAGCAGAGGUUCACCAACUUUGACCCCUCCCGUUUGCUCCCUCAUUCUCUGGACUACUGGACUUACCUUGGCUCUCUCACUGUUCCUCCUCUUCUCGAAAGUGUCAUCUGGAUCAUUCUUAGAGAGCCAAUAAACAUUUGCUCUGAACAGCUUGCAAAAUUUCGCAGCAUCCUUUGUACUGGUGAUGGAGAGGCUGCCUGCUGCAUGCUGAAAAACUUUAGACCCCCACAGCCUUUAAGGGGCCGGGAAGUGAGAAGAAAUUAAGGAGAAACAAAAGCAAAAAUGGCAUUAUUUAGGAAGAAUGUAUGAUAAUAGGCUGUCUGGUUGUUUUAAAGAUUAAGAUACCUUAUAGUUUAGGACAUGAGCCAGCCAAUGUUACUGUCAGUUUUUGUUUUUUUGUUUUGUUUUUUUGCUGGCCGUGAUUUAAGCACAUGCUUAACUCUCCAACUGAAACCAAUGGGACUACUAAAAAUUCUGGAUUGUGUCCUAAUUUUUAACAGAUAAGCAAUAUUUUAGCUCAGUUGUUUUAAUGAGUAGGUACCAUUUUUUUGCUGUUGAGCUACAUCAGAUAGGUGUGUAUUGCUUAUUAUGAAGAAUAGAGUUGACAUUGUACAUUGUACAAAAUAAGGUUAGGUACUGUUGUAUUAUAAUGGAUUAAUGGGAGACAUGCAAUUGAUUAAUGGGAAAUAUGUGGAAGUCAUUGACAUAGGUACCUGCAUUUCCCCAGUAAUGUAGUUGGGGAAAAAAACAUGAUAUGGUACUGUUAAUUUUUUUUCCACCUGCAAGUGCCAGUCAGUGAAGUGGGAGAAGGCAGUUACUUCAGUGCUGAUCAGCGUUUGGGAUUUUUUUUUCCAGCAACGCAUGCUGAGGGAGAUAGAGGGGGUGGCAUCCACAUGUCUCCCCCACUCCAUCCCAUCUGUAGUUUGGAUCUGAGAAUAGGCCUCACUGGAAGCUGGCAAGACAGAGUUAUGUAUAUUCUGUUAAGUACAUAGGACAGAUACAAGGAUGUUAUGCAGUGAUGUAAGUGAUGGUUGGAUGUGGCAUAUUUUCUUUCUUCCUCCUCACCCCCC